AUGACUGCCUUCAUACUCCUCUUCAUCUGUGGGGCGUGCGCAUUGCUUUUAUUGGCUGCACUCUAUGUUUUAAAGGUUUUUAAGCAAUCAGCUUUAAAUUUGCCUCCCGGUCCUUUUCCUCUUCCGAUCAUUGGCAAUCUGCAUUUGCUGGACAUCAGAAGGCAAGACAAGUCACUAAUGAAGAUUUCAGAGAAAUAUGGCCCUGUGUUCACCGUGCAUUUGGGUUUUCAGAACGUGGUGGUGCUCACUGGCUAUGAAACAGUAAAGGAUGCCCUUCUGAACACGGCAGAUGUGUUUGAGGACAGACCAGCUAUACCCAUAUUCUAUCACAUCCAACACGGAAAUGGUGUGUUCUUUUCUUCUCAAGAGCUCUGGAAGACAACACGGCGGUUCACCAUAGCCACCAUGCGGGAUCUCGGCAUGGGGAAGCAUCUUGGAGAAGAGAAGAUGCUUGAGGAGCUUCAUUUUCUCAUUGAGUUGAUCAAAUCCUUCAAAGGUGGACCUUUUCCAUUACGAUUUUUGAAUAUGGCCCCCACCAACAUCACCUUUUCUAUUCUCUUUGGAAGAAGGUUUGAUUAUGAAGACCCAACAUUUCUCACUCUGUUAAGGCUCAUAGAUGAAGUUAUGCACCUUCUUGGCUCUCCAUUCUUACAUUUAUUUAAUUUCUACCCUGUCCUUGGAUUUCUUCUCAAACCUCACAAGAUGAUACUGAAAAAAGUAGAAGAGGUCUGUGUGAUCUUAAGGAAGCACAUCAAGGAAAGCAAAGAAAGUAUUAAUGAAAACAACCUGACGAGCUACAUUGAUGCAUUGGUAUUCAAACAAGAGGAGCAAAAUAAAAACAAUACAAUUUUUCAUGAUGCGAAUGUAUUGGCCUCUGCGCUUGACCUGCUCAUGGCGGGCACUGAGACAACAUCCACAACAUUGCAGUGGGCCAUCCUUCUGCUGAUGAGGUACCCUGAGAUUCAAAAAAAAGUGCACACAGAGAUUGAGCAAGUUCUUGGCCCUGACUGCUUGCCUACCUUUGAGGACCGGAAAAACAUGCCAUUUACCAAUGCAGUGAUCCACGAGGUGCAGAGAUUUGUCACCCUCCUGCCACAUGUUCCACGGUGCACCUCCAUUGACACCCACUUUAAAGGUUACUUCAUCCCCAAGGGAACAACAGUGAUUCCUCUGCUUACCUCUGUGCUACUGGAUAAAACACAAUGGGAGACGCCAGAUGAGUUCAAUCCCAACCAUUUCCUUGAUGCGGAUGGGAACUUUGUAAAGAAGAAAGCAUUCCUGCCGUUCUCCACAGGACGGAGAAACUGCAUUGGAGAAAGUCUUGCUACGAUGGAGCUCUUCAUCUUCUUCACAGGCUUGAUCCAGAAAUUUACUUUUAAGCCUCCACCUGGGAUCAAAGAAUCUGAGCUGGACAUGACUGCAGAAGCUGGAUUCACCAUGAGACCCCACCCACAGUGUGUCUGCGCUGUGCUACGCCAAUAAGCCCAAGGCUCUGAACUGAGAAAAAUCCACAUAAUUGUUUUGUGCAGAACCUAGCAGAUGCACAAAGGAGAAACCAGAUCCAUGUGCAGUAGAUACAAGUAGUGUCUUCUUACUCAAAGCCUUGCAAGUACAGGCUCUAUGCUUAAAAUAUCUCUUGAACAAAUAUUUUUCUAAGAAGCAGAGGAGGGAUGGUGGGUAAGGUUACCUGGAAAAUUCCAGCCUGAUACAUGACUGGAAAUGACAGGACAGCCACUGCUUUACACAGCAAAUACACAACAUAAGAAAGUUAUUCUAGUUCUGAGCUUCUGGGAGAUUAUGCUUCUCAAGAGUACAUUAUUUCUUCACUUGGGGAAUAAUAUUAGAUACAAAUGUUGGCCAUCAUCUAAUCCCUGCUCUUUUCUCACUCUCAACUGCACAUGGGUUAAAUUAUUCCCAAAUACCUGUUCUUUCUGUGUCUGAUGGAUGCUCUUCCAAUAAUUUUCAGACUUCUGGUUUUGAAUCCUAAAUACCAAACCCUGGACAUUUUAGGUUCCCCUUGCUCUGAAGGACCUUAGCACAGUUCCUUUGGAGUAUUGACCCUUUCUGGGUACAGGUUUUGCUACACCUGCACUGAUGUGGGACUUAACAGCUCUCCCUAGACAAGUGAAGACACCCCUCCCAACAUUUUACAAAGGUAGCUCAAAUACAUAAACUGAACUUUUUUUCAGAGCACCAUAUGUGAACAAGCAAGCAUUCAAACAUUGCAAAAAUGCUUCUAAAAUGCUCUUGCCUUAAGCAGCACAGAAGCUAGGCUGAUCAGGGUAAAGCAACAGAAAACCUGUCCAUCUCCCCUUUCCUCACUUCUCCCAGCUUUCUGUGAGAUUUGUCAGGACCCUCCCUUUUCCUGACAUUCCCGUCUCUUCUCCUCCUCCUCUGAAAUGACUGGAGAUGGAGCCUUAUCAUGUCCCUUCAUCGGUGAAGGCAAUAGGACUCUCUUAUAGCAGCUG